GAAGGUUGGGAUUUGACACCAUAUGAUAGAGAUACUUUCUACACUAAGAAUAAUUGGGGUUACAACUCUUGGACUAACUAUGAUGAAAAGACUGAAGUUGGCAAGGACGCGGAGGUCCAAAGAAUCGCCCAAGCCAUAGAAGAAAUUAAAGUUAAAUAG